GAGACAAGGCAGGGAUUUUCUAUUUACUGUUCUUAAGGAAGGGGAAAGAGUUGGAGGCAGAAAUCUGAAAGGAGCUGUCAAGUAUGAUCACAGCUCUGAGACUCCUGAAUUGCACCUCCCUCAAUCUGCUGCUAUAUGAGCAAUCUCCUCAUGUGCUAUCAGCCUCUCCUAUCCCAAAAGACAGCACCAGAUGAGAUAAUCAUCCUUGUUUUUUUUUCUUUUUUCUUUUUUUUUUUUCUGCUGACGUGAACAUGGAACUACCCUGCAAACAGCCAGCUUUCCCUAAGAGACAUUGAAGUGCACAGCUUUAGGAAUGGGCACCCUGAGUGCAGACCUGGUAAAGACAUGAGACAUGGAAAUUGCUCCCAAGAGGAAAAUAUCCAGGAGGCUGGGAUAUGAUUAGAAAAUGAGAGGAAGGCUAAAGCUUCUUUCAGCUUCUACUUCUUAUAGAAUCAUGAACCUCAUGAAGUUAAACUCAAGUGAUGGAACUAAAUGAACACCCUCAUUAAAGAAAGAAAGUCUUUAUAGAAUUGGGGGAUGAGUGUCACUGAGAAUGGUCUUGUCUUGUGACUAUCUUCUGCACUCUGAACAGGACUCCAUGCCAAGGGACCACAGAUGCCCAACAGCAGCUCCAUCAGCGAGUUCCUCCUCCUGGCGUUGGCAGACACGCGGCAGCUGCAGCUCCUGCACUUCUGGCUCUUGCUGGGCAUCUACCUGGCUGCCCUCCUGGGCAACGGCCUCAUCAGCACAGCCGUAGCCUGCGACCACCGCCUGCACACCCCCAUGUACUUCUUCCUCCUCAACCUCGCCCUCCUCGACCUGGGCUGCAUCUCCACCACUCUCCCCAAAGCCAUGGCCAAUGCCCUCUGGCACACCAGGCACAUCUCCUACGCAGGAUGUGCUGCACAGGUCUUUUUCUUUCUCUUCUUCCUCGCAGCAGAAUUUUCCCUUCUCACCAUCAUGUCCUAUGACCGCUACGUUGCCAUCUGCAAGCCCCUGCACUAUGGGACCCUGCUGGGCAGCAGAGCUUGUGCCACCAUGGCAGCAGCUGCCUGGGGCUCUGGGCUUCUCUAUUCCGUGCUGCACACUGCCAAUACAUUUUCCCUGCCUCUGUGCCAAGGCAAUGCUGUGGAUCAGUUCUUCUGUGAAAUCCCCCAGAUCCUCAAGCUCUCCUGCUCAGAUGCCUACCUCAGGGAAGUUGGGCUUAUUGUGCUUAGUGUCCCUAUGGAGUUUGGGUGUUUUGUCUUCAUUGUUGUGUCCUAUGUGCAGAUCUUCAGGGCCGUGCUGAGGAUGCCCUCUAAGCAGGGACGACACAAAGCCUUCUCCACAUGCCUCCCUCACCUGGCCGUGCUCUCCCUGUUUUUCAGCACUGGUAUGGUUGCCUACUUGAAGCCCCACUCUUUCUCCUCCCCCUCUCUGGUUCUGGUGGUUUCAUUUCUGUACUCGGUGGUUCCUCCAACACUGAACCCCCUCAUCUACAGCAUGAGGAACCAAGAGCUGAAGAAUGCUCUGUGGAAACUGAUGACCAAACGUCUUUUGAAAGCAAUGAACUGCCCAUCUUUAUCUAUAUAGAACUUGUAAUGCAGAUUUUUAUAGAAACAACUGAUCUUAUUUUGGAU